AUGCAGUUCCGCAACGUUGUCCUUGCCGCCGCUCUCGUCGCUGCCGCUUACGCUCAAAACUCGCCCCGCAGCGCUGAUGUCGCUUGCGCUCGUGGUCUUGACCACCAGACCCGCUCCGUGGGCGCUUGCUCCCACUUCGAGCGCUCCGAGAAGGAGCUCGCAGCCCGCGACUUCGAGGAGGGUCUCCGCACUCUGGAUGUUCUCCAAGCUCGUAACGACAAGCAAAUGUCGGUCGACAGCCACGACCAAACGACCAACGAGUCCCAGACCAAGCAGACCACCUCUGGUUCUUUCCACUGCCGCCGCAGCGACUUCACCCUCGGCAACUUCUCUCGCCGAGACACCACGAUCAGCAUGGGCAGCGGUUCCAACAACGACUGGAAGAACGAGGGAGGCAACGUUGGUAACUGCAACCUGCGCCGCAGCGACGCUCUGGCCAUCGCCGACCUUGGCGCUAUGACCCGCCGCUUCGCGGCCCGUGACCUCACCGACGAGCACAAGGACAUCGCUGUCGAGCACCUCAGGCGCCACGCCGCGGACCUCGACCUGCUCAUGUAA